AAAAAAUCUGAAGCAACUCCUUCCAAAUCACUUAUUAAAACUGGAAAGCCGUGUGAUAAUUAUAUUAAUUUUGAUGAUUACAUGAAGCAAAAUAUUACAAAAGAGACAGAAGUUACUUUGCAUGUUGAAAUAAGCAAGGAUAUUUCGAUCUGGUUACAUUUACUGUUAAAUAAAGAAAAAAAAUCGGAUCAUUUAUAUAAAAUUGGAAGAACGAAAAAUGUGGAUCGACGUUUAGAACAAUGGGAAAACCAUUGUAAUUAUAAAGUAAAAUUAAUCCAAGCUUUACCUGAAGGCAAAAAAUGUAAAUAUACUCAUAGUACAGAAAGGCUAAUACAUUUAGAAUUGGAAGAAUAUCGAGUAGAUUUAUUGUGUGAUAUGUUCAAUAGCGGAGAAAUGGGUGAGUUUCGUAGAGAAGGCUUACGGAUUUGA